UCUUGAAGGUAUGAGCUGAACUCCAUUUUGUGCCAAAGUCAAAUCAAACUUUCAUGCCUCUGGUCUCCGCAGAAGAUUUUCAACAAAAAUGUAUUUUCAAACGUUGAUAGAGUUUGUUGGUCAUGUAGUGUACUGUUUCACUCGAAGUGUGGCGGAGCAUUAUGAUUUUGACGAGGCCGUAGAAAGCGCUCAUUUAUUUGAGUACGACCCCUUAACCGAUACAGGCUUGGAGUGGUACGGUCAUCCAAUUGACGGAGAAAUUAUUUACCAGGAAUAUAGCAACAAAAACGCAACAACUCUCGAUUAUUUAAGCUCUGGUAGAACAGAUGCUAGAAUGUUAAACGCCAUUGCAACAGAAAGUGACGAAGGCUUGUAUCAUGAACCGCUUGAUGAUCAAGGGAUGGCUUGGAAAAGAUUGAGACCAUCGUUAUUGUGUUCACUUUGGAAAUCGUUUUAUUUUGGUUUCUUGAUAUCAAUUCUCGGUGCAAUCGCGGUUGGCACAGUUUCCAUUGUCGUAUACUACCUCAGUUAUCAAACAUUGCUUAAAUGUGAAAGUUACUCCAUAAAAUUUAUCCCGGAAAAACUGCAAUGGAUGCGAACCAUAUCAGAAGUCAUCAUUUGUUCCUUAUAUUUUUACUGGUUUUUUCUUAAUUGUCUUUUUUACUUCCGGCCUUUUCAAAUUUCUGGAAUGAAGCUUAAACUGUGUCUUUUAUGUCUGGCAUUUUAUACCCUGGAUGCGAUCUAUAGAAUUUGCUUUCAAGCGUUUGGAAUCACUCGUACAAAGUUGACCCCGAAGGAAAAAGUGCCGUUAAUAGUGUUAUUUUUUCUAUGUGUUUGUUUACAAGCUUGUGUUAUUGUUAAGCACUUUUGUGGAGGUCCUCGCAAGACACAGGUCAAGUUGCUUUUUAUUUUAACAACACCUGUUACGUUGUCCUACAUCACAGCUGUUUUAAUUUCGUAUUUCAUUUAUCCAGCAUUCAACAAAGAAGACAGAUCAGGCAAAAUGAUCAUCGCCAUAUUCACUCCGCUCAUCACAGUAGUUGUUAAAGGCAUCUCCCGCAUAUGCAUCCAGCGGUUGUCGCGUAUCAGUCAUCCGGGAACUUCAUUCGUGCUGUUAGUGCCGCUGUACCUCGGGUCAGCGGUAAUGUUGAGACUUUUACAACUGGAUCUUGGUCUGAAUCAGAAAUUCAAGUCCGUUGUGGUAAUUGGAGUUAUUCAUGGCAUCGCAGAGGUCAUCGAGCGCAGCACCAUGGUUUUCAUAGAUCAUAUUUGCCACCAGAUUUUUGAAAAGAGGAGGGUUCCGUGGGGAGGAUUUCGCACGCCUCGCCGCGAAAGACUGGCAGCGGAUAUUGCCAUUAUGAGCAUGCUCUAUGAAUCAAUUGCUAUAAUUUCUGUCAAUGGUUUUCUCUACUUUUAUGAGUAUUUUUACUCCAGUGACAACUCUCCACUCCAGCUUCUUCAGUCUUUUGCAAUAUCCACGUCAGUCCCACUGGCCAUUGAGUGGUUUUUCAACAGCUUGUCCAUAAUGAUUGAAACUCGCUACCAAAACAUGCCGAUAAUAGCAGUUUGGCGGAAAGCGUGGAAAAGACACAUUCUGGUAGCGGUGAUAAACAGUGUACUGGUCACAAUUUGGGCUAGUACGUAUCUUUUCAUCGCCAUUAAAGAAACUCUAACUGAUCAUAAGCAUCGCAAUUGCGACAUGCCGUUUACAAAGCUGUGAGCGACACGAGAUGGUGGGAGUCUGGUAAUCAAUAACCAAGGCGUCAACCCUUAUACCCAGACCCCACGCACCCAAAAUCAAAUAAUUAUUCCAGCGAUGCGCAGUACCAAGCUUUCAUUCGUCCUCUAACUUGGAAGACUUAUAAAUGUUAGUUUGUCAUGAUAGAAAAAACACAAACAUAGAAAUGAUUAACAAAGAAGGAACAGGAAUGGCCAAGGAUGGAGAAGACUGAAAUUGAUUUUAAAAAAUGUAAAAACUUUUUCAAUUACCUGGAACAUCUCUCGAGAUGCACAGUGACGCAGUGACCAUAAUCCGUGGUGUAUUUUUGUCCACAAUGACGUCAUAUUCGGUUUAUGACAUAAUGUUGUGCAACGCAAAAUCUUCCUGCGAUCUCUUUAAAAUACUCUCUUACAGGUCCAAGGAUACGAACAAGGUUGUCAGUAGGUUCCUAAUGAUCUGAUAUUCGAUUGUGCUAAAGUAUAUCACAAUGACGUUUCUGGCAGGGUUCACGUGGUGGUUGGUGGAUACCUUAAUAAUUCAAACAUGACCCAGCGUGCAGAGCAGAUGCCUUAUUAAGAUUAGGGGGGGGGGAAGAGAGUUAGCAUUAUAGCUCAUUUCGAUCAGAAACGCUAAGAGGCUAAGAGUAGCGGAGUAUAAUGAGUACCCAGUGAAGAAUAAAAUCAAGAAAACUGCCUCAGUUGUCAUUAGUUUUCGAUCAUCUAAUUGCUUUGGAGUAUGGCGCAGUUUCCAGCACUGAUCAGAGAGCAAAGUAAAGUAGAAUAAACGUAACACCGCAUCAUUUUUGAUGUAAAUUGCUCUAAAGGCUCGCUAUCGUAAACCAAGUUGUCCUUGGAAGAAACUGUUUCUUCGCUCUAAU